AAGACAUAAAAACUUUUUGCUGAUCCAUAUAUUGAAAGCAAUAAAUUGUAAAAAAAAGCUGUUUAGUUGUCAAUGACUUAGCAGGCAUUUUGUGUGUGAAAGCUAAAAGAAAGCUUUUAAUUUAUAAAAUAUUCUUAAUAAAUAUUGCAAAGCCACCGAAUAGAUGGCUGCAUGUACAGUGACUACGAGACCGAAGUCGCCGAGUCGCACACAGGCUAUAUCUAAAGCCUUAGUGAACCGCCCUAUUUACAGCAACGGCGUGCUCAUAGGUAACUGGGUUGAAGACCGGAUAGAAUGUCCAAAGACCGGCACCCUCUACUUCCCUCCAGAAGAAAAAAUAGAUUAUCAAAAAAUGAAGCCACAAUCACGGCAGCCAGAUUUCAGGCAGAAUAAAUUAAAUAGUACACAGAGUAAUAUCUCAUCGAUAAUAAGACACGACAGCCACGACGCGUGCCCAAAUUAUGCGACGAGCAAUGACUUGGUGUACAACCACCUGCCUAAAAAUUUGUGUGGUCCGAUUCAACGGCAUUAUCAGCGAGCUAAGCAUCAGUUCUAUCCACAGCCAGAUUUGUUGAAAUGUUUUGGCAACGUGACAGAAUGGGGAUUGAGAAAACACAUGAAGUAUGAAUGGAAAUGUACGGAUGUGUCAGACUACAUCUCCACCUUGUACGACGACACGUUUGUACCGCCGAAACCCCACCAGUAUUUACAAAGCAACGAGAGGAAGCCGCGGGAUUCGACUUUCACAAAAAGUUUUCAUUAUAAGAUGACGAAAUCAAAACGAUGAUAACAUCAAGAAUCAUUUUCUACUUUUUGCAAAAAA